AUGAGGUGUCCGAGGUCCUUGCCACAGGUGGGCCUGGCUCUGGUGCUCUGCACCUUCACUCUCCUCUUCCUCCUCCUCAGUCUGCACCUGUCACCUCCCCAGUGCGGCCCCUGCAGGGAACUGAAAGAGCCGGGGGACACCCCCGAGGCACUGAUCUGGCUCCCCGAGCCAACUGUCCCCGCGCGGGCACCCUGCAGGGCCAACACUUCCCUGGCCCAGCUGCCAGACUUUGCAGAGCAGCCACAGCACGUGCGCGACUUCCUGCUGCACAAACACUGCCGGGACUUCCCGCUGCUGCAGGACGCCCCGCCCAGCAAGUGUGCGCAGCCCGUCUUCCUGCUGCUGGUCAUCAAGUCGUCCCCGCACAAUUACGAGCGCCGGGAGGUGGUGCGGCGCACUUGGGGCAGCGAGCGGGCUGUGCGGGGCCUCUGGCUGCGCCGCCUCUUUCUGGUGGGCACGGCCCAAGAACCGCAUGAGGCCCGCAAAGUCAACCAGCUGCUGGCGUUGGAGGCGAGGGUUCAUGGCGACAUCCUGCAGUGGGACUUCUAUGACACCUUCUUCAACCUCACACUCAAGCAGGUGCUGUUCCUACAGUGGCAGGAGGCUCGGUGCAGCAAUGCCAGCUUCGUGCUCAACGGGGACGACGAUGUCUUUGCGCACACAGACAACAUGGUCUCUUACCUGCUGGACCACAACCCUGACCACCACCUCUUUGUGGGGCAACUGAUCCAGAACGUGGGCCCCAUCCGGGCCCCCCAGAGCAAGUACUAUGUGCCAAAGAUAGUGACACAGGAGGAGCACUACCCGCCCUACUGUGGAGGUGGUGGCUUCCUGCUGUCCCGCUUCACAGCGGCUGCCUUGGGCCGGGCCGCACGCACCCUAGACCUCCUCCCCAUCGAUGACGUCUUCCUGGGCAUGUGCCUGCAGCAGGAGGGCCUGAAGCCCGCCUCACACAGCGGGAUCCGCACUGUUGGCGUUAGGUCUCCCUCAGCACGUUUGUCCUCCUUCAACCCCUGCUUCUACCGGGAGCUGCUGCUGGUGCACCGCUUCUUGCCCUAUGAGAUGCUGCUCAUGUGGAAUGCACUGGGCCAGGCAGACCUCGCCUGUGGCAAGCAGACUUGGGUCUAUGGAGGUGGUGCUGGGACCCCCUAGCCUCUAGGCUCCCGUGUCCACCCCCAUAGGAAGGGGUUACAUCUCCCUCUCAGAAAGCUGAGACCUUUGUCCUCUGAGGGCACAGGGGAGUGCUGUGGAAUGUUUGAUAGUGAAUAUAAAAACUUUUGUGGCAAGCUCCUACACAACCUUCGAAACUCACCCGGUGCUCAUACCAUCUUCAUCAUCUUCCCCUAGACUUUUGGCUGGAGGGACCAUCUCUGUCCAUGGCAGCUACUGGCAGAAGCACUUCAGCCAGGGUUCCAGCAGCUGCCGGUCCUUCUAGCCCCUUUGAGUCAAAGUCCUGCAUCCCCUCUCCAACCUUGAUCUCAGGCUGGACCUUAAACAGUGGCCAGCCUCUCCUUGGUAGGGAACCUGCAAUGGUUUAAUCAUGGGUGGGUUCUGGCUAGGGUUCAAGGCCAACUGGGAAUUCCUAGGUACACAUGCAGCUGAAGCAAGAGGCACUUUUCAGCCAGGGGGAAGCGUUUAGUUACCGCCCCUCCCUUGGUCUUGGACCCCUCAGAUGGUAGAAAUGGCCUGAGAGGCCGUGCACGGGACCGCCCCUCUGUGUCCGUGGUGUCUGUGCUCCAGUGGCAGACACAUUAGGCGGGGGGGGGCAGCUAUCUUUCUCAGGCUGUGGUGACUCAGGGUCUGGGCCCCCUGGCAGGACCAAGCCCCCACAUCUGUGCUCAGGGAAUAGUAUUGGGACCAAAGUGCCUUCACAGGGCUCAAGGCCAGUACGUACACUCCUUUAAGUGGUGUGCACCUCCUGUGUGCUGUGCUGCGGGCUCUGUUCUUUUUCUCCCAGCCCCAUGGGAGGGGUUGGCAGACAUGAACCCACCUCACCGGAAGGAAGUUAUACUGUACAGUCCACGUCUUAGGAUAGAGGGAGGAUGUAAGUGAGGAGAAUGGUCAGGGUCGGCUCAAUAAAUAUCCACUGUGACCCA